UAUCUCUACUGUUUGCUCUCUCUUUUGUACUUUUGCUUUGCUUCGGCCUUUGGGGCCUCUUUCAAAUUUGUCCCUCUUUUAAAACCCACAAUGUCACAGUCCAAGUUUCACUUACUGCUACUCUUGCGCACUCUCUUUCCCCUUUAGCUUCCCUACCAUCAAUAGUUGAUUUUGUGAAGUUAUCUGUCAAUGGAAAUUGCCAAUGGCUGCCUUUCAAGGCCAUCUAGGAAGAGAAAGUUGCUUGAAGAAGAAGGCCAUGAGGUGUUGGAUUUUUCCUUGGAUGAUGUCAAUGAAGCCCUUUUGGAAAGAGUCCUUUCAUGGCUGCCGACUUCGACGUUAUUUCGCAUCGGAUCGGUGUGCAAGAGAUGGAAAUCGGUGGCGGAAUCGGAAAGUUUCAAGCACGCUUGCUCGAGGAUUCCUUCAAGGGAUCCAUGGUUUUUCAUGGUGGAAUCCAAGCUUAAUCGGUCGGUAGUCUUCGACUCUGCCGAAAGUUGGAAAGGACUCAAUCAUCCGCAUUCCCUCUUGCAUAACCAUAAUCGCGACUCGAUUCCGGUCGCAUCGUCCGGUGGCCUUGUAUGUUUCCGGAAUACGUCCGGCGGUUAUAUCGUGUGCAAUCCCUUGACCGGAUCUUGUCGUGAACUCCCUCCUGUGGAUACAGACUCUCAGGGACAUUCCCUUCAUGCUAUUGCAAUGAAUGCGUAUUCCAAUUACCAUGGUUCAUACAAGCAUUUCUUAGUCUCUGGUGAUCUCCCAAAGCUUGCAUUCAAAGUUUAUAACUCAAUUGAUAAUUGCUGGGAAGAAGAGAUAAUAUUGAGGAGAGAAGCCGAUGACCAUACGGAAUCAUACUUAAAUGAUGACGACGACCAUAGCAACGAUGAUGACGAUGCCUUCUACUUCCUUAGUAAAGCUGGAAAUGUAGUCAUAACCAACAUGCAAAGAAGCCCAUCCAAGCAAUAUUCGUCAGUGUUUACACUUAGAGAUGGUGAGGAGAUUGUUUAUUUCCUCGGUCCCUCAGGCACAGUAAUUGCUUGCAAUCUGACCCGGAAGUGUUUCUCCAAAUAUCCGAGACUGUUGCCGCUCUUUUCCGAGUACUCUAUCGAUGUGGUAGAGUGUAAAGGAGAGAUGUUGGUCGUCGUGUUAUCCGAAUUCUUCGAAAGUGCUAGCCUUAGGGUGUGGCGAUCCGAUCUGAAAAUGAAGACAUGGAAUCAGAUUGCUGCUAUGCCGCCUGCAAUGUCACAUGAGUCCUAUGACAAGAAGUUGGACAUAAACUGUGUUGGUGCUGGUGAUCAGAUAUUUAUCUCCUUAAGCUCUGCUGAGCUUUGCAGUUAUGUUCUCUAUGAUUUUGCGACUAGCCGAUGGGUCGAACUGCCCGAAUGUUGGAUGAAUGGUGAAUCGUUGGAGUUCGUGUCCGCGUUCUCGUUCGAGCCGAGGAUCGAGGCUUCUGUAUGAAGGAAAAAACAAUGGUGUGAAGUAAACUUGAAAAGGAUUUAAGCAUGCAAGAUCUUUACUUCAUUUAUGUUGUAAUUUCUUGUAUUCUUUUAGUAUUGA